AUGGUUGCCUUUCCGGCCAACUUGAAAGAAAAGAAAGAUCUUAAGGAGUUAGAGUUGGAAUGGGGUGAUAAGGAUGCCCAUGAUUCCACAAAAGAGAGAGAUGUACUUGACAUGCUACAACCUCCCAUAAACUUGGUGAAACUGACCUUGAAAUUCUAUGGUGGAAUCACCUUCCCAAAAUGGUUUGGAGACUCUGCCUCCUCUAACAUACAAUUUAUAUGUCUCAGUGGUUGUAGUUAUCCUUUGUCCUUGCCACCACUUGGGCAACUACCCGUUCUGCAAGAGCUAACUAUAAAAAGUAUGAAAUCUGUCACGACUCACGACUGUUGUGGUGUUGAGUUCUAUAGUUGCAAUGGAUCUUCUGUAUGUCGGCCAUUUCAAUCAUUGAAGAAGCUUAAGUUUGAUGAGAUGCCAUAG